UUCAACUAGAGAUCGGGUCAUAAUGAGAUCUCUAAAAAUCUUGCUUGUCGAGAAUCGAGAUUCUUUGACUGAUAUCUAUUCUUUUACAACCAUCCCAUUCUGGUUUCUCUGCUUUCAACCUCUAAUUAUAAGUAAGACUUUUCUCCUUAAGAUUCUUCUCUCCUAAUAAUCCCGUAAUACUUCCGAAAGUAUUGACUCUGUACUUUUCGGUACUCCUGGUAUUGGUAUUGAAAAAUCCAUUUGCCGAACACUACUUUGAACUAGAGAUUUCAGACCGAGACGAGACCUCAAACGAUCUCUGUCAUCUAGAUUUUUCAGUGAUAUCCAUCUCGAUUUCCGUAAAACCCUCCCUGUCCCGUCUAUUAUUAUUAAAUCUGCUUUAAGGACUUUCAAAACCUCUCCAAGAUUAUAUGGUGAAUCUCUCAAGAACUCUUCCUCUCGUACUUUCAUGUUCACUUUAGAGUAUCAAACUCCCUCCCUAAAGAAAAUCCUGAGUUAAGCCACAAGACUAAUAUUUCUGAACAUUUUGAUAUUCAAGAUUAUUCUUAAAAAACUUGAAUAAACCUCAAAACUUGAUUUUUUAAAUUUUGUUUUUUAAUAUUUUCUGUUAAAGAUAGCUUAAAAAUGCCUUCAAAGUUUAUUCAAAUUUUCGCUUUAAUUUUGCUCCUUAUAUCCCUUUCUGAGGCAUUUCGACAACAAUCUGUCGGAAUCCGUGGAAGAUUAAUGUGUGGGGAUAAACCUGAUUCUGGGACAAAAGUUAAACUUUGGAAUAAAAAAUUUGGAAGAGAUGAUCAGCUUGCUGAUGCUCGUACUGAUGCUAAUGGAAAUUAUGUGUUGCAAGGAGGGAAAGGAGCUCUUCUUUCCAUGGAUGUUCAUUUUAAAAUUUACACAGAUUGCAACAGAGGUAUUCUUCCCUGUCAACGCAAGAUAGAUUUAACUAUUCCAUCGGAUUAUGUAACCAGAACCAGUGACGUUCAAAAAUGGUUUGAUGGGGGUGUUUUGAAUAUGGAGUUUAAGUUUCCAGAUGAAUCUACUUCUUGUAUAAAUUAA